AUGGCUCGACGGUCCUCCUCUCUCUUCAGAGGUGGACCCAAGGUCCGCGGCGGUGGCGGUGGAGGCGGAAUUGAGAAUCUCCUUGCGGUACGGCGAUCUCUCGAGUCGAUCUUGAAGAAGUCGCGGGCCCUCGCCUCCGCCGUGGAAAACGCAGGUCUCGGGAUCGAUGAGAUCUACCAUCGUCUCCCCGAUCUCGAGGCUGCCGUACGGCCGUCGGGCGCCCCGAAGGGAGCUCUUGCCGGAGCUGGCAGCCACAUUGGGCGCGCCGUGAGCCCCGGCUCCGUCGUCCUCAAGGUGUUCGACGCCUUGCACGGGCUGGAGCCGUUCCUGCUCACCGACCCCCUCGACGAUCUCCAGGGCUACCUCUCCGUCCUCAAGCGCCUCGAGGAGGCCAUCCAGUUCCUUGGUGACAACUGCGGCCACGCGAUCCAGUGGCUCGAGGACAGCGUCGACUACCUCGAGGAGAGCUCUCUUGCGGACGACCGCUACCUCGCCAGAUUGAGGACAUCCUUGAAAUCUCUGAAGGAUUCUAAGUCCCCCCUCGAUGGCGGCCUCCUCGACGCCGCACUUGAGCGCCUCGAGUCCGCCUUCCGCCGCCUGCUCGUCGACAGCAGCGUCUCUCUCGCAUUGGCGUUGCCGUCGUCCAAGCCCCUCAACGCCAUCAGAGAGGACCAGAAGCUCCCCCAGGUGAUCGCUCCGUCCCCGCUCCCCAUGCCAGUCAUCCAGCAGCUCCUCUCCAUUCUGGACAGGCUAUCCGCCAAUGGCCGGGUAGAAAGGUGUUCCAAGAUCUACGCCGAAGUGAGGGGAUCCAACGCCCAGGCGACCCUGGGGAACCUCGGCCUGGACUACCUCAGCAUUUCCGCCCAGGAGUUCGUCGACGUCAGGCGCAUUGACGUCGAGAUCGUCGAGUGGAUGAAGCACCUCGAGUUUGCGGUGAAGCAUGUCCUGGAGGCCGAAUUCAAGCUGUGCUAUGAGAUCUUCGGCCGCUUUGGGCCCCCAGAUUUCUGGAAGAAUUGCUUUGCAGACAUUGCUACCCAGGCCGGGCUCCUCUCGUUCCUCCAGUUCGGGAUGACGGUGACAGAGAGCAGGACUGACCCGGACAAGCUACUGAAGCUCCUGGAGAUAUUCGGUUUCCUGAACAGAUUAAGGUCGGAUUUCAAUCGGCUCUUCGGCAUGAAGCCCUGCGCAAAGAUUCAGAGCAUCACCAGAGAUCUCAUAAAGAGGGUCAUCGACGGGGCAUGCGAAAUUUUCUUUGAUCUCCAUAACCAGGCGAAGUCGCAGGGGCAGAGGCCGCCGCCGUCGGAUGGCGGCGUGCCAAAGGUCGUCACCUUCCUCGUAGAUUAUUGCAACAGGCUGCUCGGGGAUGAUCACAAGCCCCUCCUGACGCAGGUUCUGGAUAUCCACCAGAGCUGGAGAGGAGAGAACCUCCAGGAAGGGCUCGUCACCAAGGCAAUAAUGGAGAUAAUCGUCGCCCUGGAGCGUAACCUCGAAGCAUGGUCGAAGGCCUACGACGACGCCACCCUCUCCUACAUCUUCAGUAUCAACACCCACAGCUAUUUCUACAGGCAACUGAAGGGCACCAGACUUGGGGACCUCUUGGACGAUCAGCGGCUGAGGGAUCACGACGCCCUCACAGACUACUACUCCACAUUAUACCUGAGAAACUGCUGGGGAAGGCUCCCUCCGUUUCUGAGCAGGAAAGGCCUCAUCUUGGUCUCAAAGGGGAGAGCAGCAACCAUCGAUCUGGUCAAGAAGCGCUUCACCGCCUUCAACGAAGCCUUCGACGAGAUCCACCGGAAGCACUCCGUCUGGGUUAUCCCGGACAAGGAUCUGAGGGAGAAGCUCUCCCAGCUCGCGGUCCAGACGGUGGUCCCAGUUUACCGGAGCUUCCUGCAGAGUUACGGUUCUCUCGUCAAGCAAGACUCAAACUCCGACAAGCACAUCAAGCACACGGCCGAGUCCUUGGAGAAUUCGAUCGGCUCCCUCUUUCAGCAUAAGCCAGCCCGAUCACCGAGCCUGCAAGCUGCCCAGUCAAACGGAAAGGUCAACGAUGCGGCGAGAAUCAACCAGUAUCAGUCCCCCCCUGCUAGAUGA